AUGAAGGAUGUUGCCGAGCGGGCACCCCUGUACACCUUUGCGGAUCGGGGAGCCGCCGAGCGCGUGCUGAGCGCGCUGCGGGCAGCGCACAAGUGGCCGCUGCCGCUGCAGCAGCCGCAGCAGGUGCAGCAGGUGCAGCAGCAGCAACAGGUGCAGCAUCAGCAGGUGAAGGUGCAGCUGCAGCUGCGGUACAUGCAAAACCAGGAGCAGCAGACACAAAAGCAGCAGCAGCAGCAGCAGCAGCAGCAGCAGCAGCAGCAGCAGCAGCAGCAGCAGCAGCAGCAGCAGCAGCAGCAAAUGCAGCCGCCGCGUCCCCUGGCGCCCACGGUGUCGCCAGCGCUGGCGCGCGUCUCCACCUCAGGGGGCAAGGACGAGGCCGCAGCUGACAAGCCAAGCACGCCCUCCUCAGAGACGGACACCGCCGACGUCGCGCCUGCCCUGCUGCUGCGCCGCCCCGCGGCCUCUGCUCCCGGCGGCCCCGCCGCCGAGUCGGCCGCGGAUGAGUCCCGGCGCGUCAAGGCGGAGCUGACGAGGCGGCUGGUCGCGCUGGCGCGCGAGAAGCAGCACGGCGGGGGCGCGGUGUCAUCCAAGCUGGAGACCCUGGUGGCACAGGGCAACCCCGUGGCGCGCACUGUCGCGCGGCUGCUGCAGAGCGCCCCGACCGGCACUCCGGCCUCAUCGUCAGGCACUCCCGUGCAGCAGUUCACACUUGUGCCGCCUGCGGGGGCACCUCCAGUGGCACCUGUGGUGGCGCCCACGCCCAGCGGGUUGGUUGGCGUUGGCAGGGGCUCAAGCUGUGGCGCGGAGAGUGGCUCGGCCUCUCAACGCCAGGCACCAGACGGGGAUGAGCUCGCAGCCGUGCCCAUUCAAGAGCGGCAGAAGCAGCUGCAGCAGCCGCAAGCCGAUCAGCGGGCAUACCAGGGGCAGCAGGCGCAGCAGCACGUGUGCCUGGGUGUAAAGCUGCCCGGAACUCGCUGCGGCGACUUGGACGUGCUGCACCGCACGCGCAAGCGCGCGGCCGGAAAGCGCAGGCGGCCGGACCAGGCUCGGCUGGAGCGUGCGCUUAGGGAGGCGGGCAUCUUUGGCCUUGCUGCCGCCGCGCGGCAAGAGCAGGCCCGGCGCGAGGAGGCGGCGGCCGUCGAGAUCGAGGCGCUGCGUGCGGCGCUGGCGCAGCGGUUCGCGGCAGCGGGCGGCGGCGCGCUGCCCGCAGACUUUAUCGCCGCCCUCGCGCGCGCGGCGACCGCGGCGGCCGACGCGCGGCGCCGCAAACGCGAGGAGCACCCGGCGGCGAGGGCUGCGGCGCGGCGGCAGCGGCGCGAGGGGGGCGCCAAGCGCGGUGCCAGCGACAGCGGCAGCGAGGGCCACGCGGACGCGCCGCCCAAGAGCCGCCGGAAGUGCACCCAUCCGACGCGCAACCUGUGA